AUGACGGGGAUCCCGGACGGUCCAAAUCCCAUGCUUAGACGUAGACCAACAGAACCCUGGCAGGAUGUCGCGAUCGAUUUUAAAGAAGGAUUGGUAGGUGGUUUGUCGUUACUAGUGGUAGUAUGCUAUACAUCGCGGUUCAUUCAGGUUGAACCUAUGAAACCUACAACAGCACAACGGGUAAUAGCGGCAUUACUCCGAAUGUUCAGUACCCUGGGUAUUCCGCGAUCGAUAACAACAGAUAAUGGGCCACAAUUCAGGGCAGAUGAAUUUGCUCGCUUCUGUGUUAGUUACGGUAUUCAUUUGAACUUGUCCACUCCCUACUGGCCCGAACAGAACGGGGCCGUUGAACGCCAGAUGCGUAACAUUGGCAAGAGAUUAAAAAUCAGUGAGAUACAAGGUACUGACUGGCAAACUGAUCUCUACGAGUAUCUAACGAUGUAUCAUGCCACACCUCAGGAGACAACUGGGAUAUCACCAGGGCAAAUGGUAUACGGUCGUGAGAUCAGAACACGUAUUCCAUCGAUCCGUACGCCUUUUAGUUUGAAAUGGGAGGAGGCUCGAGAUAGAGAUAUGGCAAGAAAGGAAUAUCAUAAGCAGAGAGCGGACUUACAACGUCACGCAAAAGAUCAUACACUGAUGGGAGGAGAUACUGUUCUAAUGCGUAACAUGAACCCAGGAUCGCUAGACACCACAUUCAGAGGAGAGGAAUUUGAAGUUGUGGAUGUAAACCAAAAUGCUAUAAAAGUGCAAUCUACUGAAACGGACAAAGUGUAUUUACGAAACAGUGCUCACUUGAAGAAACUUGACAGGCGCACUACUAAGAAAGCGGAGACCCCUGAACAGCAAGGCACAUCAGCCCCUUCUGAAAAACGGACAACGGGCCAGACAGUAAUAACAUCCACGUCACCGGGACGGGGCUGCCGACGUACAC